CUCUAAGCCAUUAGUGGGGGGCGGGGAGAGGGUUUGCAAGACUUGCCGGGACUUUGUGGCAUGUUUGGUGGUUGUGAGACUUCAGAGGAGGAGAAACCUGUUGCUGACCACCUGCCCGGCGUAAUCUGAUUUCUCACUUCCCUACAUCAUCAUGUCUUCUGGGAACACCUUGGAUGAUGAGGACACUUUCAAGAUCCUGAUUGCUACAGACGUUCAUCUCGGUUACCUCGAUAAGGAUGCAAUCCGUGGCAGUGACACUUACAACACACUGGAUGAGAUCCUUAAAUGUGCCAAGACAAAUCAAGUAGAUUUCAUCCUGCUUGGAGGAGAUUUGUUCCAUGACAACAAGCCGUCACGGCGAUGCCUCCACAACUGCAUCACUAUGCUCAGAAAAUACUGCAUGGGAGACUCGCCCAUACACUUCAACAUCCUCAGUGACCAGACCAUCAACUUCAACACAACCCAGUUCCCCUGGGUUAACUAUCAGGAUGAAAACCUCAACAUCUCCAUUCCUGUGUUCAGCAUUCAUGGCAACCACGAUGACCCAACUGGGGCUGAAGGUUUGUGUGCACUGGAUCUGUUAAGUGCCUCUGGUCUUGUCAAUCACUUUGGUCACUCCCAGUCAGUGGAGAGGAUAGAGAUUAGUCCCAUCCUCAUGCAGAAAGGCAACACCAAGCUGGCCUUAUAUGGUCUUGGUUCUAUACCAGAUGAGCGCUUGUACAGGAUGUUUGUCAACAACCAGGUAACCAUGUUUCGCCCCAAAGAAGACCAGGAUGAGUGGUUUAACCUCUUUACCAUCCACCAGAACAGGAGUAAGCACGGCCCCACAAACUACAUUCCAGAGCAGUUCCUGGAUGACUUUCUCGACCUGGUGGUGUGGGGUCACGAGCAUGAAUGUUUGAUAGCACCAACCAGAAAUGAACAGCAGCUCUUCUAUGUGACCCAGCCUGGCAGCUCUGUAGCCACCUCCCUGUCCCCUGGAGAGGCCACCAAGAAGCACAUAGGGCUGCUGAGGGUGAAGGGCCGCAAGAUGAACCUGCAAAAGAUCCCCCUAAAGACAGUGCGUCAGUUCUUCAUCCAGGAUGUGGUGCUAGCUGACUACGAAGACCUCUUCACACCCGAUACACCUCAGGUCACAAAGAAGGUGGAGGACUUGUGCUACGCAAAGGUCAUUGAGAUGUUAGAAGAAGCUGAGAGGGAAAGACUUGGAUGCCCGCUCACUCCAGAGAAACCUCUUAUUCGCCUGAGGGUGGACUACAGUGGAGGUUUUGAGGCGUUCAACACUUCUCGCUUCAGUCAGAAGUUUGUGGACCGCGUGGCCAACCCAAAAGACAUCAUUCACUUUCUCAGACGCAGAGAGCAAAAGGAGAACAUCAAAGAUGAGGUCAAUGUUGACUACAGCAAGCUGUUAAAACCCACUGCUGCUGAGGGGCUGAGAGUGGAGGACCUGGUUAAACAGUAUUUUGAGGUUGCCGAACAGAAAGUGCAGCUGUCCCUGCUGACAGAGCAGGGCAUGGGGAAGGCCAUUCAGGAGUUUGUAGACAAAGAUGAGAAAGAUGCCAUCCAGGAGCUGAUCACUUACCAGCUAGAGAAGACACAGCGCCACCUCCAGGCCAGAGGAGUAACUACUGAACAGGAUAUAGAUGCAGAGAUCCAAAAAUUCAGAGACUCCAAAAAGAACACAGCUGAGGAGGAGAAUGAAAUCAAAGAGGCUAUCAACAGAGCCAAAGCUCACCGAUUGGAGCGUGGCGAUGAGCCUUUAGACCCGGAUAUAGCCAGUGAAUUUGCUGAUGUCUCCAUGAACUCUGACGAGGACUCAGUCCUGUUUCCUCCUCCAACGCGAGGCCGAGGACGAGGCCGAGGAAGCAGGGGAGGGGGUGGCCGGGGGAGGGGGAGAGGAGCAACUGCCUCUGAGCCGAAGCCAGCCAGUCGGGGUCGUUCCCAGAAAUCCUCUGCAACAACCCAAAGCAGAAGCAUUAUGCAAGCAUUUCAAGCUCCAUCACAGAGACCGUCGCGGACUGCUGCAGCUGCUACAUCUUACCAAGCAGAUGAUAUGACCAUCGAUGACUCAGAUGAAGAUAUGCCUGUAAUGAAAAGCCCCCCUCCAAGACCAGCAUCGUCUUCGUCGUCAUCCUUCACUAAGUACAGCUCUCAGAGCCAGAACCAGUCAUCUAAAGGAGUUGCAUUUGAUGACAGUGAUGAUGAUGAGGAUAACCCAUUCAAAGGCCCCAGCCAUCGUUCAAAGAGAUAACCAUAAGUUCAUAUGUUAUGUAACACUUCUUAAUGUUGCUGAUUUUCUAAAACAUAUGACCCGCAAUCUAAUUACAAAGUGAGCUGCUGCAGUGUUGUUCUGAAGGAUUUCAAAGUACAUGUUUCAAUUUUUCAGUUUUAAUUACAUUGAUAAGCUUCUAUUACUUAGAUUGAAACUAUCAAUUGAUCUGUUUCUAGACUGAACAGCUACAGGGGGACACCAGGAUCUGCUUCUGUGCAUCAACAUUGAUCAGUGCUGGGUCUUGUCAUUGCCUUUGUAAUUAUCUGAUAUUCAGGAAUUAUAAAUGUUUUUUUCAUAUA